AUGGCAAAUCACGGCCUCAAGGCUCGCCUGCGGCUCCUGGCUCUGGACGACGGCAACAGCAGUGAACGAAAGCCAAAGGCAGAAGCCAGGAGCGGCGCUCCAAACCUCGCCCAGUCGCAGUCGCCGUCGUCCAGAAGCAUCAGGCGAGGGGCCGGCCGCGGCGAGUUGUACAAGCACCUACGCAAGGCGCAUCAGUUCCCGAAGCCCAAGGCCGCGCGGUACAUUGCGCAGAUGGCAAGCGCCCUGCGCUACUUUCACCGCAAGCACAUCAUCCGCCGCAACAUUAAGCCUGAGAAUAUCCCAGUAGGCACAUACGGCGAAAUGAAGAUCUCAGAUUUCGGCUGGAGCGUGCAUUCGCCCCGUGGCCGUCGGAGAACGUACUGCGGCACGCUGGACUGCUUGCCUCCUGAGAUGGUAAUACCAAAUAGCCCGGAGAAGUCGUACGACGAAGAGGUCGGCCUAUAG